AUGGCACAGCGCACAGCCCUACCCCUCACUGACUGCACCUGUACUGUCUGCCGGCGGCCCUUUGAGCGCGCGCGAUCAGGAAAAAAAGACGCAUUCUGGCCGAUCAUCAGCAACGCGAUGCCUCUCCUAUGGACACUAAGACCACGUCCACCCCUGUCACCCUCAUCCCCGUUGGGCAAGGCUCGAAAUUAUCACUUCAUGGUGCUUUGUGAACACUCUCGCCAUUUACGGUGGCGCCAUUGCGCAUGCAAAGAUGUACCAGGAGAUGCGCGAUCAUUAGACGGCCGAUCGUCAUUUCCAAAGGCAAAUAUUCCCCUUCAGAGUCAGAAUAGGCGAAUAACAUUUGCAACACGUCCUCACAGUACAACUUUUUAUUAGCCAUUUGGCGAUUUUCUCUCACAAAUCUCACAAUUUACUCAGACGCUAAGAACUGAACUGCUUCCGCAUCAAUGACACGAUAGCUCACUUGCUCUGCUAUUUCCUCGAACAAUUUUGGUCUAGAAUCGAAGUACUACAUGUCUGCCAUCUAGUGGUAGGGAAUACAAAUGAGAUACUACACCAUAUUAGGAACUACAGUCUGUUUAAUGAAGUAUGACGUCUUGUCGCAAUUUUGCGACUUUGGCGCUUAGAGGGUUAAAGGAAGAAGAAUUGCUUAAAGUCAUUGACAACUGUAUAAUCUGUAAGAAAGUCAGAGCCGGGAGAUGUCAACAAGUAAUGGGCAAUUUACCUCAAGAGAGGUCUAGACCUGCAGCCCCAUUUGAGUUCACAGCUAUUGACCUGUUCGGACCCCAUCAAGUCAAAGACGAUGUGAAGAAGCGGGUCACAAUGUCACAGCAUUCUGCUGCAUGGCCAGUAGGGCUAUCCACACAGAGCUGGCCAAAACCAUGUCAACUGAGAGUUUCAUGAUGGCAUACCAGAGGUUUACUGCAAUUCAAGGGCAUCCUAAGAAGAUCUGGUCUGACCCAGGCACCAACUUCAUCGGUGCCAAACCUGUCCUGGAAGAGCUAGAAGUUCCUGAAUGACUUGGACAGGUCUAGUGUGGAGGAAGCUUCGGCUAAAAAUGGAACCGACUGGCAGUGGAAAAUCCAACCAGCCAAUUCACCUCAUCGUAAUGGUGCUGCGGAAGCUGCUGUUCGCAUUGUGAAGAAGGCAAUCCAGAGUCUGGGGAACAAGUCAGGCCUCAGCUACAGUGAGCUCCAGACAACCCUUCAGAUUGCUGCCAACCUUGCCAAUGAAUGUCCGAUAGAUGCCAGGGUGCAGAGCAGUGAAGACCGCUUUUACUGGGACGAGCAUCUUCAAGUGGCGACUUUAAAACAAUUGACUUCACAAGCUACUCUUACAAAAGACUCCGGGAAAUGCAGUGCCAGGUCUACAGGUUCUGGAGGUCUUAGAGCCAGCUCACCGGUCCCAACUUGUUUGUGAGAAGCAAAUGGCAUACCUCACAAAGGAACGUUUCUGUUGGAGAUGUUGUUUGGCUGUGUGACCAGAAUGCGUUGAGAGGCCAGUUCAAGCUUGGAAGAGUCAUUAGUGUCAACCCUGACUCCAGAGGUGUUGUGCGGGAUGUGAAUGUUAGAAUCGUUUCAAGUUGCUGUGUACCUGAAAUGAGACCUGUGAAAUCAGCAUCCAAGCAUUCUGCAUCCAGAGUCCAGAAGGACUUUCAGUCCACAGUUCUACACAGGGAUGUCCGAAACCUGGUUGUCUUGUUGCCAGUUGAGGAGCAGGCAGGAGGCCCAAAAGAAAAACUCCGACCAUAAGUUCGCCAUAGUUUUGCGAUCUUUCCAGCAGAAGAUCAAGUGGGAGGUGUUGCAGCAAACUGACUGCUGGGGGCGCCCCUCCCAGCCAGAAUGCACCAGCUAGGUGCACCAGGUGAAGCUGAUCUGCUAACUGGCAGUGCAAACACAAAGUCAGAGUAGAAAGUAGCAGUAGAAAGCAGCACUGAGAAAUGAGUGUAGCAAACUUGCCAUUACUUUGAUUGUAGGGGCUUAAUUCUGCACAAAAGAGCUCACUUCAAUCAAUGGAGAUGUAGCCGAUGAUUAAUCAAAUGUUUUUGAUGCUCUGCAAACAUCACUAUGGAACAACAACAGAGACAUAAACUGAGGCAAUCUUGGGAUGUGUGCAGAGAAGUACCAAUCAUUCAAGAUGAGCUAAAGCCAAGGAAACGAGUGCAGUGUUUGAAAUUGUUCUCGUGUGCCAUUGUUGGUGUAAUUGUCUUCGCCCUUGUGCUGCUCAGUAAAACAUCAUUUCUGCUUUUGAUAACAUUUGGGAACAAUCAAACUGAGAUUAUAUGUUCAGAACAAAAACCGGCCACCUUACUUGGGAUUGGCUUUGUUCUGGUUGGGCCAAGUGUUCUCCUUCUGCUAAAGAGCACAUGGAAGUUCAUUUUCAAGAGUGCAACCAUGCCCUCGAAAAAAACUCUCUUAUGGGUUCUGUGUGUUGAGUUCCUGGUAGCACUGGGAGCUGCAGUUCUAACAAUAGUAGCCAUGCCACACUUUGACAUUGUCACCAAUGUGAUGAUCCUAAACAGCGUGAGCAUCCUGUCCGCUGUGUUCCAGGUGGUCGCUAAGUGCCUUGCCAAAGAGAAAAAGUGGCUUAUAAUGCUGUCCGUAUGCUCCAUUUUCUUAACCGUCACAGGUUAUGUGUUCUUUGCAAUCAGUUAUUUGGUUUUCGAAAGUUCCUUAGAGAUAAAUAUAUCAAUUGGCCUUGCCAUCAUUGCGACCAUCUGUGUUUCUGUGAAUUGGUGGGAGAACUACAGCACACUCUUUGCUGUAUCAUUUCUAGAGGACAUUUCCAGAGACAUCGCUCAGUCCCGUAACGUGGUCUGCAUCAUCUCCAGUUUGAUGAGAAUCCUGGUUACGUCAGCUGUGGUUGGAGCCUAUGUUCCUCUGUCAGGUCGAGAAUGGAAAUCGGUCAAACUCGUCUUCGAAACAGUCAUCGUUUCAUUGGUGGUGAUCCAGAUUGCAUCCUCUGCCUUGUGCCGCUGGUUUGUGGUUGUGGCUUGUAAGAUGCAUGCCCUGCGCUGCAGCUUCGUUCUUCCCAUGUACCUGGCCUCGAUCACAGUUUUGGCAGUGUUUUUGAUUCCAACAUCAGUCAGGCUCCCAGACUCAAAUCAAACUUCUACCUGUUUUGAGAACUUUCAGCCAAAAUCCAGUGACUCAUGGUUGCAUUUGAUGUUGACUGAUGCCAUAAGAACUCUGAACACCAGAGACAUUGUGGUACACAAGAAGACAGGAGGACUGGUCUGUUUGGGCUGCUCUGCUCUGAGCUGGUGGCUGGGACUCAUGCUCAGUACAGUUUACAUCUGGUACCUGAAGAUCCAUCGAAUAGAAAGAACCCAAGAUCUGUUUGUGCGACCCAUGUUUGAAGGAACGUUUCUGGAGCAGUCCAUGUUGCUAAACACCCGUUUUGAAAUCAGAAAGAGAAUCAAGGAGAAAAAGUGUGCAAAAGAAACCAUCAAAGUGUUUCUGUGUGCAACGAUGUGGCACGAGACCUACGAUGAAAUGAUGAAGAUAAUCAUCUCUAUGUUCAGGCUCGAUAAAUACAGGCCCAAGACUGACAAACAUAGUGACGUCAAGUUUGAAUUCCAUAUUUUUUUUGAUGAUGCUUUCAAGGAUGUUGAUAAUGAAAGGCAUGCAAAUGAAUAUGCUGAAAUUCUUGUUGAUGUAAUUAAAGAAGUUUACACCAUUUUCAGUGAAGAGGAUCCAUGUAUAUUCAAGCAGAAGGCAGCACUACCACACCAGAAGAUCAUAAACACCCCGUACGGGGGUCGACUGGAAUACACCCUCCCUAAAGGCAAUUUGAUGAUGGUUCACCUCAAAGACAAGACACUUAUCCGUCACAAAAAAAGAUGGUCACAGAUAAUGUACUUGUAUUACAUACUUGGAUGGAGACUUAACAGACAGUACUUCAAAGAAUUUGAGGCAGGUAAAAAACUGGAUUCCCUUUGGGAGAGACUGAAGAAAGACAGGGAGAACACAUACAUCUUGGCCCUGGAUGGAGAUACUGAUUUCCAGCCGUCAGCAGUCAUGCUGUUAAUCGACAGACUUAAACUGUACCCAGACGUUGGGGCUGCCUGUGGCAGGAUUCAUCCAACAGGCACAGGGCCCAUGGUGUGGUAUCAGAAGUUUGAAUAUGCGGUAGGCCACUGGCUCCAAAAGACUGCAGAGCAUGUGUUCGGCUGUGUACUGUGCAGCCCUGGAUGUUUCAGUCUUUUCAGAGGAGCUGCACUCAUGGACGACAACGUCAUGAAGAGAUACACAACCAAAGCCAGUGAAGCCAGUCACUACAUCCAGUAUGAUCAAGGUGAGGACCGCUGGUUGUGCACUCUGCUGCUGCAGCAGGGCUGGAGGGUGGAGUAUAAUGCAGCAUCUGAUGCCUACACCAACGCUCCACAGGAUUUUAAAGAGUUCUACAACCAGCGCAGACGCUGGGGACCCUCUACCAUGGCCAACACCAUCGACCUCUUGGGCUCAGGAGGACUGACCUCUCAGAGGAACAGCUCUAUCUCAAAACCUUACAUCUUGUACCAGAUUAUCAGCAUGGCAGCUUCCAUCCUGGGCCCUGCCACUAUCUGUCUCAUGAUAUCAGGAAGCUUUGUGUUCAUCUUGAAUAUGGAUAAAAAUAUAGCCCUAGCUUUGGCCAUAGUGCCCCCUACUGUCUACCUCAUCCUGUGCUUCAAACUGAAAUCUGACACGCAGAUUAAAAUUGCAGCAAUCAUGAGUGUACUCUAUGCAUUUCUCAUGGCAGGAACAAUUCUCUCAAUCAUAGGUGAUUUAGUGAAGCAAAAGACUUUUUUGACCCCCAGUGGUCUGUUCCUCAUCGGCAUGGUGGUUUUUUACAUAAUCACGGCAGCUUUACACCCUCAGGAGUUCUCACUGGUCAUCUAUGGAUUGUUAUACUUCCUCUGCAUUCCCAGUGGGUAUCUACUCCUAGUUAUUUACUCCAUAGUCAACAUGAACAAUGUCACGUGGGGCACUCGUGAAACCGGCAGCCAGACUAAAACUACUGCAGUCGACACCAUCAAGAAGAAGGUCAUGAACGCCACAUGCUGCAAAUGUCCAUGCUUGGAAUCUGAAGAUCUGAGUGAGAAGACAUUACCAGCAGAAGAAAUAACACAAAGGGAAUGUGAGUUCCAGCUUAGUCCUCAUCAAACUUGGAUUGAACAACUGCAGAUGAAAUCUUACGAAUUUCCCUUGGAUGAAUCUGAACUCGCUUCAGAUGAAGUUGACUUCUGGGAAGAACUGCAGAAGAAAUAUCUGGAACCUUUUAAAGAGAAUAAAGAACAACAGGAAAAAAUUGCUGAUGAUCUGAGAGAACUUCGAAAUAAGGUUACAUUUGCCUUUUUCUUCUGCAAUGCACUAUGGCUGGUGGCAACUUUCUCCCUUCAGGCGAUUGGUGACUCAGUCUCCUUAAAGAUCCCAAAAAUCUAUCUCAAUGGAACUUAUGACCCAACAGAAGUGUUUUCCCUAGAUCCAAUUGCACUGAUGUUUCUACUGAGCUUUGCAUCAUUACUGUUAAUGCAGUUUGUUGCAAUGCUUUACCACAGAAUCUACACGUUAAUCCAUUUUGUGGCAUAUGCGGACACAGAAAUUAAAUCUGAUAGAAAGCAGUCACAUCUGUCACAUCAGAUCCUGGACUCAAACCACCAGCCUGAGACGCAUGGGCCAGACUCAGCUUUAUGUUUUCAGAACCCUUCUUCAGAGUGGCAACAGCAAACUCUGACUCUGCAUCUCUCUCCGCCGCGACAUGUCCUCGUCGAACACCAUGGCCCGCACCUCCCCUCUGCCUGUCAUCAGCUUCACCGAAACCGCACGACGAGGGUGCUUUCCCACGGUAAAUGCAAAGUAGUACGCACCGGGGAAGUGGCAGGUAAAAUGUCCGGAUGUUUUGUUAAAAUGGCCACCAAUGUUCACAUACUCUACGUCAAACGUGAGAGCUUCUCUUUCACGACGCCCUCUGCUUUCUCCCAGCGCUGAUCUAGUUUUUGCCACUGAAAAUGCAGAACGUGGUUCCUCAAUGGCUGUUCUUCUUCUCCAAUCAUAAUAGGUAUCUACAGGGGGAGGACAACCUGGAAGAUGGAGGCCUGGAGGAGAUAGGUGGUUAUUGAGA